GCCGGUCACCGUUCAUUGCAAUUAGCUCGUUCAAAAUGGCUCCGAUUGCUGUUGGUGAAACCAUUCCCGACGGUACUCUCGCCUACUUCGAUGAGCAGGAUCAGUUGCAACAGGUCUCUGUACACUCUCUCGCCUCCGGCAAGAAAGUCGUUCUCUUUGGCGUUCCUGGCGCCUUCACUCCUACUUGCAGUAUGAAGCAUGUCCCAGGCUUCAUCGAGAAAUCCGAAGAGCUUAAAUCAAAGGGUGUGGAGGACCUUUUGUUGAUUAGUGUAAACGACCCUUUUGUGAUGAAGGCAUGGAAAAAGUCAUACCCAGAGACAAAGAAUGUGAAGUUUCUUGGAGAUGGAUCCGCGAAAUACACCCAUGCACUUGGGCUGGAACUUGACCUUUCGGAGAAAGGAUUGGGGGUUCGAUCAAGGAGGUUUGCUCUGUUGGUGGAUGACCUAAAAGUGGUGGUGGCAAACAUUGAAUCUGGUGGAGAGUUUACCGUGUCGAGCGCAGAUGAUAUCUUAGCAGCUCUGUAAGAUCUCAAACUUGAUCCAUAGUUCUGUAUCUGAAUCUGAAUCUAUAUGUUUAUCGUUAUGAAAAUUGAAUGUUGCUGCUUGAAACAACAUAUAAUCUCAUACAUGUUAACAGACACUUGUGGUUGAUGACUUCUUUGAGAUUAAUAAUGAAGAAAAGUUUGAUGAA